AAGGGUUGAUACAUGUUACCACCGGCAUCGAUAAGAUGAUGGUUGGAAUCGCGCCGCCCCCGCCAGGAAUAGUUACGCAAUAGCAGCGGCCGCCUUCCGCCGCCCGCCGCAGUUCUGCAGUGUUGCGUUACCCACGGAGUCUUUCGGUCGCACGCCGGACGGGACGCUCUUCCCGGCUUUCGUUUACGUUUCCUUACACUACACGUUUUCGCCCGACAUUUUAUCUGCUUGCAAUUUUCAACCACUUACCUUUGCUAUCAGAAAUGUAUCAGAAAAUCGAUGAGUGAUUGGAAAAUUGCGCCGUGGAUUGUGUGACGAUGUAAUAUUUUCGGUGCGAUUGUGUUUUGUGCGAUUGUGAAAUAUUUUGAUAAUCGAAUGAGGAUUAUGUAAAAUAAAAUUGUAUUAGAUGACAGUCGCGAAAAACUCCAUGUAAUGAAUACAAACCCAAUGAAAGCGAUAUUCCACGCGCCGGUGAUGAUCAACAGCGACUUAUCCGAAUAGAGUCAGGCUGGCGGGCACGCAGGUAUCGCCAACGAACGCCGGCGAUCAGAGUUGUCUGACGACCUACGUGUUUAAUCCGGUGGACUCGUGCACACCCAGCCCCGAGCAGCUGAAUUCGAUACCGCAGGAUGGUGUGCGCACGCCGGAAACAUUGCGGGCGGGCAGCUCGCUCACCUACGACCGUAAAUCGCUCGGCCACGCGAACUACAUGGCCGAGUACGAGAUUGAGCUGAAGGACCCGAAGUGCUACGGGCUGUAUAAUGGCGGCGGUGGUGAUAACAAUGAAUACGGCCGGUUGUAUACGAUCAGCAAGGAGGAGCGCAUGUAUGAUGAGCCGUUUGUGGGCGAACUACGCACGCGCUCCUGGCUUUGCUGUCCUGGCAGCCAACCGCGGCUGGACGUCGAGCAGCCGGCGUUGUUGGAUAAUAAACCGGCGAUGACUGCUUCGGUGAAGGACCAGCCUAUUUUACAGGCACCUCCGGCGCAUCUGCUAUGCACCAUUGGAUGCGAGCGUUUACAGCAACAAUUAGACGAUCAAGCGCAAAGGUAUGAAGAACAACUCACAGAAUUACAUUCAGUAAUUGCGGAGCUCACACGUAAACUCCAUCAGCAGCGUGCCAUGGCAAUUGCAGAGGAAGACGAAACAUCAGAAGUUUGUACUAGUGUUCACGAUGAUUCGAUUACCUGUCCUCUGGAAGUAAGCGAAUUGGAACAAGGCGACCUCUCGGACAUAGAAAACAAAUUACCACUUUCCGAAAGUCCAUUGGAGUUACCCGAACCAAAACUAACUUCGUCCCAACACACUCAGAAUGCUUCCACAUCGCCACACAGCGAUCUAGUAGACGGUCUGAAACAAGAAAUCGUCGCGUUGAAGACACAACUCAUAGAAUCCCAAACAAAACUGGCGCAUGUAACACUAUCGAAUAAUCUAUGCCAUACGGAUGAUGAGAAUAAAUGCCUGGAAUCACCCGACUCGCACAUAGAAACCGACUGCGAUUCCAAGCAGCCGGAGCAGAAGGAGAUUAAGUAUGGAAAUAUCGUGCCUAUUCACAAAGCAAACGUCAAGAAUACGAGCAAUUUCACUGGCAAUAACGGCUGUGGUGUGCCAAUUACGAAAAUGGCGGAGCGGAUAAAGUUGAAGCGCGCCACAGAUGGCCAGCGCGUGGUUAAUCCGAAUGAUCUGGUUAAUGGUGACUUGUCGACUGUGGUCGCCGAGCAUAUUGUCGGGGAUAUUCUGAAGCAGUGCGAUGUGCAGAGCGAGCGUCAGGCCAUUGACAUUGAGCUGCGACGAUUGGGGACGAAACUGGAGCAUGCAAGGUCUCAGAAUUCCGUGUUGGCGCUGACUUUAUCUGAAACUAAAGCACAUUGUGAUAGGCUAGCAUUGUUGUGUGGUAAAUAUGAAUCGAAUGCAAUUGCCCUUCGGUUAGCCCUGGGUGUGACGGACAGGACCAUCGAGGCCUACGAUGUGUUACUGGCGUUGUUAGAGACUGAAGUUGCUUUAAGAGAAGAAGUUUCUGAAUCUUUGGAGAAUCGCUCCGCGGCGGAAACAGUUGCCCGUCAACUUCUUUCUCAUCUAGAUUCACAUCAAAGCACUGAUGUGUUGUUAUCACCAUGGCAAAACAACGUUUAUGGCAGUCCCACAACAGAAAAUAAUGAUCCGUGGACAACUGAUCACGAAAACAGACUGCGUGAACAUGUUUCUCGCCUGAAAGCCGAGAGGAGCAACAUUCAAGGCACCUACGUUGCUUUAGAAUCAACGCAAAUAGAAAACGCGCCCACGAGGGCUGCCAGUAGUCAGGAGUCACGGAAAAUCGAUCUGGAAAUGGCGGUGCUCAUGCAGGAAUUGAUGGGCCUCCGGGAAGAAAAAUCAGAACUUAUUUCACGUCUAUUCCUCAUGGAGAAAGAAAAAUCCGCAAUGGAAGUAAAACUGAAAUACGUCGAGGGACAGCAGCGGGCGCAAGGCGCUGCGUUGAAAAAUUUACAAGGACAGCUCAAGGAUACCGAAGCACUGUUAUCUUUGGCAUCACAAAAUAGAGAUAGCAGAGGUUAUUCGGAUGCUGAACAUGCACAAGGCGUGGAAUUGGAAUUAAUGCAGGCGUUGGCACGCGAAGCGCGGCUGAAAGUACGCCUGCAGGAACUGGUAAACACAUUAGAGCAAGUCACCAAGAACGCCGAGGCGCGAUUAUUAGAAGGGCGAGAAAUCGUGCAGGAUCUCAAUCAUACUAAUAGCAUUCUUGCCGAGACUGUAGAUAGGAACAAUAAAAAGUACCAAACAAAGUUUAAGAAAAUGGAGCAGCAGAUGAUGGGUUUGGUUGAAAGACAUGCCGCACAGAUUCAAAGUUUACAACAUAAAAUAGCGUCUUUAGAGUCACCCACACCAUGAUGAGAGAAUUUCUACAGUUCUGUUGCUGGUUAAUGAUUGCAAUUGAGAUAUUAGAAUGAAAUUUUAAUGUUUGCUUUGAAUAUACAAAUAUUCCUAUGAAAAUAUAGCAUUUUAGGCGUUGUCUGGAAACCAGGCGAUGUCUUUUUAAUAUGAGAAUAAUUAUUUAGCUUGUAAUCAAAUGAGGAUGAAUAGAAACUGCAGAAUGUAAUAGAAUAACCGAAAUAUCAUAUCAUCUUCGUUUGUCAUCCGGAAUAUCAAUGAACAGAAGCUGAUAUCUUAUUACUUAUUUCGGUUUAAAGGUGUACGUACGAUGUACAGGCGAACAAAAGUUCUUUUACGUGCCAAAAUAUGUUAUUAAUUCACGCCUCUCGUUUAUGAUAUGAUAUAUAUGAUUAUGAAGAUGAAUGCAUUUAUGUGUUGUGGUUGGCCUUAUUUGUUUGAAACAUGUACUGUGAUUGGCAAAUUAAAUUAAUUUAACAUUAUAUAACAAUGCCACGAAAUACUUAAAUGAAACAAACUGACAUGACUGAAUAUAAAUUUUAAACAAACUGUACAAUUAUUGUAAUAUGCAUUAAUAUACGUAUGGCCUUGCGUCGCAUUAAUUCACAAA